AUGACUCUCAACCUCACCGCGCGCGAGCAAGAGCUGCUCUGCGCCGUCAUCGAUGUCAUGAAAGCCGACAUCGACUGGAAGGCCGUCGCACCAAAGGCAAACUACAACACAGCCAAGCAAGCCCGUGACAAGUGGCCAUCGGUCCGCAACAAGAUCACCGCCGUCGUCAAAGCCACCGACGGCGAAGACGGUGCCGGCACUCCUGCGACAGGCGGCAAGAAGAAGGCGACUCCCAAGAAGCGCAAGACCAGCGAGGACGAGACGCCCUCGAAGAGCAAGAAGGCCAAGAAGGAUAGUCCGCUGGCUGAGGAGGACGAUGAGGAGGGUACGGGUCUCAUCAAGCCGGAGGAUGAGAGCGAUGAGGGUGGUUUGAACUAG